CAGCAACUACCCUGGCUUUGCCGACGGCGACAGAAGCGUGUUCAAUGUACAAGUGGCUGUUUUGCUGUGUUUCCGCUGGGGGGCGGGCAGGAUUGCGGCGGCUCUCGGCAGUGGAGCGGCCGGAGAAUGGAGGGCGAACGCGGGCCGGCACCGGCUCCAGGGCCGGGCAGAUCCGCGGACGGCUCCAGCGACAACUCGGCUGCUCACUUCGCUUGCAUCGACACUGGGGACUUGCAGGGGUGUUUGAAGAUCGGAGUCGGAGGCUUCGGGGAAGUUUACCGAGCACAGCACCGAGUGUGGAGGAUUCAGCUGGCGGUGAAGUUCGGCGUGAGGCAGAACGGGAGUGAUGAGCAUGAACUGUUGGAAGAAGCAAGAAAGUUGCACAAGGCACAAUUUGAGUACAUUCUCCGCUUGUAUGGAAUUACAAAAUUCCACCCGAUAACUGGAACCAAAUCGCUGGGACUGGUAACUGCAUACGUGGAGAAUGGAUCACUGGAAAAACUCAUUCACCACCAUGACGUCCGUUUGCCUCUUCGACUGCGCUUUGUGUACGAGAUUGCUUUGGGAAUGAACUUCCUACAUAACCUUAGCCCAGCUCUCUAUCACCAUGACUUAAAGCCUGCUAAUAUUCUACUAGAUAAGGACUAUCACAUUAAGAUCUGUGAUUUUGGUCUGGCAAAAUGGCGGAAAUUAACAAGUGAAUACACCAAUGAUUCCUGCAAAAACAAUGGCACCCUUAGUUACAUGCCACCUGAAUGCUUGGACAACAUCAAUACCAAGAAAGACAAAAAGUUUGAUGUGUACAGCUAUGGAAUUGUUAUCUGGGAGAUACUGACUUGCCAAGAACCUUAUAAACAUGCGCUACAUUCUGAGCACAUAAAAGUGUGCGUAAGCAAUGGAGACAGACCUGACCUGGAUGAAAUCCCCCCAAAAUUUCUGGAACCCUGUAAAACUCUCAUUAACCUGAUGAAACGAUGUUGGGCUCAAAAUCCACAAGAUCGUCCUCCCUUUUCAAGUUGUGUUAAUGAGCUUGAACCAGAACAGAGGAACCAGCAGGAGCUUCAACAGGCCGUGCAGAGCCUGACUCAACAGUCCAAUGAUGUGGUCGUGGACUCUGCGCCUGGCAGCGGAGGAGACAUGGGGAGUUGUGGAACACUUUGUGAACCUGUUGAGGAGCAGAAUAAAAGCUACGAGCCUGUUCAGGAAUUCGCCCAGAAGGAAUGCAAGGCUGAAGCGUGCGAUGAUACCAGCAGAGAGGGAACCAUGAUGAAUCCCAUUGAGGAGCGGAAUGAAAGCAUUGAGCCUGUUCAGGAAUGCACCCAGAAGGGGUGCAAGGCUGACGUGUGCCAUGAUGCCAGCAGAGAGGAAAUCAUGAAGAAUCCUUUAUUGGUCGUUAAGCCAAUUGAAUGUUUGACAUUGGCCAAAUUCAUCAAUAAAGACUGGAAAGCACUGGGCAGAUAUUUGGGGUUGACCAAUGAAGAGAUUGUAAUCAUCGAAUACGAUCACCACUCACAUGGCUUGGUCGAGAUUGUCUACCAGAUGCUCUGCAAAUGGAAACAGCAGCAAGGACACAUGGCCACCCGAGCUCAGUUGGUGCAGGGUCUGAAGGAGAUCCAGAAGGAGCAUCUGUGGAAAGAGUUAUGGAGUUAAUGCUGGAGCAUUAAUGGAUUUCCUGAAUGCUCUGAUUUAUUUCCAAACUGUGGAAUCCCUUUUCCUGCCUUUGGACUAAAGACUUCUCUUACUUUUCAGAAUUAAUUGUAAUCUUGACUUGUGUUGGAGGUGCAACACGUUCAUUCAUUGAAAUGCAAGACCAGUCUCCUACCUUAGUUUUGCCCAGGCUCAUACACGAUCUGUUGCCUGUAAACUGUUGCAAAUUUAUUGUGCAAGACAAACGUUGUGUGAGGCUUGCUUGCCCGUACACACUUCUCUGGUUCAUGAGACUGUGGGUUUCAGGCUAACACUCCACGCAACAUCCUGUUGCACGUACUAACUGUCUGUUGGAGGCGACAUUGAAUUGAUUCCAUAUCUGGCCUUUUAGGACAAGGCAAUGAAUUCCUUGACAACACUUGAUGAAGAGGCAGGACAGCACGGUGGCACAACAGUAGAGUGGUAGAGAUCUGGGUUCGUUCCCGUCUACAGGUGCUGUCUGUACGGAGUUUGUGCAUUCUCCCUGUGACUGCAUGGCUUUUCCCCAGGUGCUCCUAUUUCCUCCCCCAUUCCAAAGACGUACAGGUUUGUAGGUUAAUUGGCUUUUGUAAAAAUUGUAACUUGUCCCUAGUGUUCAGGAAAGUGUUAUUGGGAUAGCUGGUCCGCAUGGACUGAGUGGGCUGAGGGGCUUAUUUCCCCUGUAUGCCUAAACUAAAGAGUGGAAUGUCACCUGAAACAUCACCUAUUCCUUUUCUCCAGAGAUGCUGCCUGACCUGCUGAAUUACCCUAGCAUUUUGUGUCCUAUAAUAGUUUUCCAUUACCUGGUGUUGCCAAGAGCUGUAGUUCACCCAUUGAGCAAGAAAAUUGUGUAGGAAGGAACUGCAGAUGCUGGUUUAAAACAAAGGUAGACACAAAAUGCUAGACUGUGGCAGGCGGCAUCUCUGGAGAGAAGGAAUGGGUGACGUUUUGCAUCAUGACCUUUCUUCAGACUAAAAAUUGGGUCCAGCUUUCUCUGUUUAUGAAUGAGAUUUUUGAAACACACUGAAGACUCGGCAAAGAAAGGUUUCAAAGGUCUUUUAUUGUCACAUGUGCCAAUUAAGGUACAGUGAUAUGCGAAUUGCCAUACAGCAACACGGAGGGGAAAAAGCAACAAGACACGCAACUACAUAAAAGUUAACAAACAUCCGCCACAGCGGAUUCCUCACUGUGAUGGAAGGUUUUUAAAAAAAAAAAGUCCAAUCUCCCUAUUUAUUCUCCCACGGUUGGGAUAGACGAACCAUCCAUCAGGGCGUGUGGCAUUCUCUGCCUCAGAGGUGGAGGCAGGUUCUCUGGAUGCUUUCAAGAGAGAGCUAGAUAGGGCUCUUAAAAAUAGCGGUGUCAGGGGAUGUGGGGAGAAGGCUGGAAUGGGGUACUGAUUGUGGAUGAUCAGCCAUGAUCACAUUGAAUGGCGGUGCUGGCUCGAAGGGCCAAAUGGCCUGCUCCUGCACCUAUUGUCUAUUAUCUAUUGGCGGUCGAAGCUCACGCUCAACUCGAAUAUUUUCUCAUCCAUUGAUCGUUACAAUCAUUGACUUGAUUUCCAACAAAAUAUUGAAUUAUGUAUUAGCUCAGCGUAUAACAAUCAAAUGUUUUCAGUAUAAUAAAGGAAUGAAAAUAUGUAGCAUCUGUAUAUUAAUGCAGAGUACAACCAAUAAGCAGUGCAUGGUGACCCAUUAACUUUAGAGCAGUGUUGACUGAAGAAUGUGAAGAAGCCACACUCUGGUUGUAGCCUGUAACUGUAGAGGUCAGGCAGAGGAUGAACCUCUUCUUGCGCAGGGCGUGCACAGCCUAAAGUUGUGGGUCAACUUGUUCUGUUUGAUCCAUUUGUUUGUGCACGUCGGGUUGAUUGCAUUAGUCGAAACGGGAUGGACCACCCCAGAGGAUGAACUGCCACAGCAGCACAGCUGGUAGAGCCACUGCCCCACAGCACCAGGGACACAGGUUCGAUACUCUCCCUGGGCACUGUCUGGGUGGAAUUUGCAUGUUCUCCCUGUGACCACAUGGAUUUCUGCAUAAUUUCUUCUCAAAUCCCAAAGCUGUGUGGGUUUGUAGAUUAAUUGGCCUCUGACAAAUUGUCCCUAAAGGGUAGGGUGUGGAUGGGAAAGUGGGAUAACAUGGAACUAGAGUGAACGGGUGAUCGACGGUUGGUGUGGGUUUAGUAGGGCAAUGCACCCGUUUCCAUGUAGUAUCUUUAAACUAAAGGAAGGAAGAGAUUGGACAUAUUGGGUUGUUUUCUCUGGAACACUGGAGUUUGUGGGGAGACCUGAUGGUUGAAUGUAACAUUAUGAGGCACAGAUGCUCUUCACCUCUAUAUUGACAAUAUGUUCCUGGGUUAGGAGAUCAAUCAAUGAUUUUGUUUUUAAAUAGACGUUCAAAGCUUCUAUAUCUUCCAACUGAACCUUAUCCUGCUCUGGUCUUUGGCAUUUCAUACAAAUAUCCUACAUAUCUACUGUAAAUGGGCUAGGACCUUUUAUUUGACGGGCCACCUAUGCCAUUAUUUUCCUUGAACUUUCAUCUGUUACAAGACUCAAAGGAAACUCAUCGUGUGACACCCUUUAGAAUUAUAGCCCUCACUUAUUUCCCUGAGCCCAGCCUCACUAUAAAUGCUAUUACUACCUGGCACAGUGGCUCAGCAGAUGGUGCUGCCACCUCAUAGUUCCACUGACCCAGGGUUAAUCUUGUCCUCCAAGGCUCUUUGGGUGGAGUUUGCACGCUCCGCCUGUGACUAUGGGUUUCUGUAGGAUCCUCUGGUUGCCUUCCACAUCCCACAGCUGUGCAGGUUGGUGUGUUUAUCAUCCAUUGUAAAUUGCCACAGAAGGUGAAUGGAAGGAGAAAAUGGGUGGAGAUCUUUUGUGAGAGAAUAGAUUACAGGGAAAUGAGUGGGAGAAUGGGGGUACAUGGGAUUGCUUUCAAGAGCUAGUAAAGACAUGAUGGGCCAAAUGGCCUCCAUCUGUGUUGUGAGAAAAGCUAUUAUUUAUAUUUGAUUCCACAUUUGAUACAGUACACAAAAUCCAAUGGAAUAAAUUGUAUAUAUAUUUUAUUGUAAUUAAAACAAUUAGCUCCAUACAGAAAACAAGAUACUGUUGGUUGCAAAGUUCAUGCAUAUUCUACAUUAAACGUACAGUAACGAGCAUUAAUCUCAUUAUUUUACAAGCCGCCUGGUCAUAUUCUAUUUCACUCGACUAACAU